ACGUCUGGUACAGUCAUCCCAAGCCUCAUCCGCGGGACUGGGAUGGCCGGAGAGAUGACGAUCUUAGGAUCAGCUGUUUUGACUCUCCUGUUGGCUGGCUAUUUGGCACAACAGUAUCUACCAUUGCCUACCCCUAAAGUGAUUGGCAUUGACCUUGGCACCACCUACUGUUCAGUUGGGGUGUUUUUUCCUGGCACUGGGAAAGUAAAGGUCAUUCCAGAUGAAAAUGGGCAUAACAGCAUACCCAGCAUGGUGUCCUUUACUGACAGUGAUGUGUAUGUGGGGUAUGAAAGCUUAGAGCUGGCAGAUUCAAAUCCUCAGAACACAAUAUAUGAUGCCAAAAGAUUCAUUGGCAAGAUUUUUACCCCAGAGGAGCUGGAGGCUGAAAUUGGCAGAUACCCAUUUAAGGUUUUAAACAAAAAUGGAAUGGUUGAGUUUUCUGUGACAAGUAAUGAGACCAUCACCGUUUCCCCAGAAUAUGUUGGGUCUAGACUAUUGUUGAAAUUGAAGCAAAUGGCAGAGGAGUAUCUUGGAAUGCCAGUUGCCAAUGCUGUUAUUUCUGUACCAGCAGAAUUUGAUCUAAAACAGAGAAAUUCAACAAUUGAAGCUGCUAACUUAGCAGGACUGAAGAUCUUGAGGGUAAUAAAUGAACCCACAGCGGCAGCUAUGGCCUAUGGUCUCCACAAGGCUGACGUCUUUCACGUCUUGGUGAUAGAUUUGGGCGGAGGAACUCUAGAUGUGUCAUUGCUGAAUAAACAAGGAGGAAUGUUUCUAACCCGAGCAAUGUCUGGAAACAAUAAACUUGGAGGACAGGACUUCAAUCAGAGAUUGCUUCAGUACUUAUAUAAACAGAUCUAUCAAACAUAUGGCUUCCUACCCUCUAGGAAAGAGGAAAUUCACAGAUUAAGACAAGCUGUGGAAAUGGUCAAAUUAAAUCUGACUCUUCAUCAGUCUGCUCAAUUAUCAGUAUUACUAACGGUGGAGGAAAAGGACAGGAAGGAACCUCAGAGUAGUGACACUGAACUGCCGAAGGACAGACUUUCCCCAGUGGAUGGCCACCAUAUGAACAGUGUGUUUGGAGCUGGCCUUUCUGAAAAGAAAAGUGGAGAAACUCAAGUUUUAUUUGAAACAGAAAUAUCACGGAAGCUCUUUGACUCCCUUAAUGAAGAUCUCUUCCAGAAAAUACUCGUACCCAUUCGGCAAGUAUUAAAAGAAGGCCACCUGGAAAAGACUGAGAUUGAUGAGGUGGUUUUGGUUGGGGGCUCUACUCGUAUUCCUCGAAUCCGCCAAGUCAUCCAAGAAUUCUUUGGAAAGGAUCCCAACACGUCUGUAGACCCUGACCUGGCAGUGGUGACAGGAGUGGCUAUCCAAGCAGGGAUUGAUGGAGGCUCUUGGCCUCUCCAAGUCAGUGCUUUAGAGAUUCCCAAUAAGCAUUUACAAAAGACCAACUUCAACUGAAUUCUGGAGGAAUCAUUCUUAUUUGUGAUUGUCUAAUGCUCUCUUCCUCUUUAUCAGACCACCUCCUCCAGUAAAGAAAGUCUCUAAAAUAUCUCUCAAAUUUACCUAAAAGGCAGCAUUUAGUUACAUAAAAAUUUUACAUAACAUUUUGUUUUAGGAUUCAAUGUGACCAGAUUGAUCCUAUUUGAUUUUGGAGAGCUCCCAUUCCAACAAAUACUUCUAAAAUGAUAGAAUUGAGGUAAAACUUCCUUGUAAGAGCAUGGGUGGCUAUAUUUUCUGGAUUCUGGAAGUAGAUAACCAUAUGCACUUAAAAUUCUGUAAACAUUGCCUAGUGACAAUUAUAGGAUUCCCAGUUCUUACUAAAUUGUAUUAGCAGGAGCUGGUAUUUUAUUUACUUGGUUAUCACAUGUAACUAUUAUAUGAAGUAUACUUGAAGGACAGUGUUGAUGUCAGGUACUUACAUUGGCUGGGAGAUAGCAGUAUUAUUAAUAUAAGCUGCAUGUAUACUAUUCAAUAACUGCCAUAUUAUAUAACAAAUUUACUUUCACAAAUUCAGUAUCCUAUUGUGUCCUAUUCAUGCAAUCUGCAUUCUCCAGGUUUUUAAAAUAUAUUUAUUGGAUCAAUUUAUUUUCUUUCUAAAAUAGGUACUGAUUUAUUCAAAUGUUUCAAUACCAGAUAGUAGAAAUACCCAAUUUACUUGUUAGUUCCUGCAUCUACUGUGCAUCAUUCUCUGCUUGGAUUUCCAUAAUUCUGCCUGGUUAGAAAACAAUAGGGAAUUAUUAACUGCAUUUUAAAAAUGUGUUAAUGUCACAAUAAAGCCAUCACUACUAUCACUUUUUGUUAUCCAAAAUCUUUGCAGACAUUACUAGCAGUAAUUAGCUACAAUAUUUCUUUGUUUUAUUUUCAGUAAGCCCUGGAGAAUGUAGCUUGCAUUUGAACUAUCAAAUCAUAUUUGACUCAGUUUUACUGAGAUUUUUUUCCCCCAUAUUAAUUUUGAAUGAGGAAAAUUUGCUCAAUUAUAAAAACUUUAUUAUUGUUUCCUACUAUCAUUUUAAAAUAGUCACAUUUAGACUAUGUUCAGCCUUAAGGUUAGUGUGUGAUGAGAGCAAAAAAUUUGUGAAUACUGGAAAUAAUGUGGAAAUCUAAUGUGGAAGGAGGCAAUGUGGAAGAAUUUCCACAAAUCAGCAUUUGUAGCAGUUCUAUUUUGUUUUGUUUCCUUUUAGAAAAGCUGCGGGGACCAAGAAAGAAAAGAUCGCAGUUCUGUUUCUGUGAUGCCCAUAUUAUUUGAAGAUACACUUUCUUUUUCCUUAAUACAGGCAUAGUUCAUAUCAAUAUUCGAAAAUUAUACUCUGGUCAACAUUUUUGUUAAAGGAUGUCUGCUUUAUCCAUUGUUGAAUUUGAAAGGGUGUUGAAUUUCCAAUCACUGAAAAAGACAACUAAGCAAACUCAUUUCAGCGACAUCAAAACAUCUCAGCUUAUUAUAGUAAAAAGCUGUAUGUUAGUAUUUUUUGCAGAUCUAAAAAAAAUGCUUGUUAGCAAUGAAAUUGCUGUUAAAACAAUUUCAGUCAAAUACUUUUGUGUACACAAAAUGUCUGUAGUAGGUAGAUAGAAAAAUAUAAAAUGUUUGUUAACAUAUUUUAUUUUAGAACUAACAGAGAAAUGCCAAAGAUGAAUCCUUCACUGCAUUAUAGAAAUAUUCAAGUGUUCUCUUGGACUUUAUAUAAAUCUUUAGUAGAUUUUAGAAUUGAAAAAGAUCUUUUCAUGAAGGUCUUUGAAAGAAAAGUGUUCAAUUUAUCAAAAUCUCUACAUACAGUAUGAGCUUUAACCUAAAAUGCUUUAGAUAAGCAUUUUAUAUAUAAGAUAGUCCAGGACAAUCUGUUGACACUUUUUAGAGGAAACAAUUUGCAAAACAGGGCAGCUAAUCUCAUACACUAAAAUUGGAAUUUAAAUAAUUUGUGUCUGAAAAAUAGAAUGGCAGUGUUGGAAUUUGGGGGCAGUAGUUUAGCAGAUUCUCUAGUAUAGUUACACCUUUAAAAAGAAGUAAUGUCUGUCUUCAAUCAUAUUUUAGGGGGCUAUAUCUAAAUAGUCUUAAAGUUAAUGUAGUUUAUUUAUUUAAAAGAUAAAAAUGCAUCCUGAAAGGGAUCGUUUAUGCAUAAUAAUUUGAAGACAUUUUUCAUAAAACAAACUUACAUUUUGGUUGUACAUCUAGCUAGUGCUUUUUGAAGCGUUUAACUUUUACAAUAUUAACUGUCUUGUAUGAUUAGAUUAUGUGAAUGGGUAAUUUAUUUUGUAUCGGGAGUGUUGUGGUACUGUGUUUCCACUCAAACCGCUGACUUAUCAACAGAUACUACUGUGUAUAACAUGUACUGAAGAUUAUAGUUAUUGUGCAUAACAGACUGUGCCUCUUAAAUUUGUGUGUACACAAGUAAUUCACAUUUUAAUGUAAAUAAAUCCUACUUUGCAGUUUGUUUUUUAAA